AUUUUGGGAACUCCAUAGAAUAUAGAUUUAUUGAACCGGUUACUAUUCCUGAAUCGCACAAAAGAGAUAAAAAUAACUGAGGCUUUGAUGUGAUUAGUUGAUAUUCAAAAUAGACGAUUCCUGUGGGCGAGUCGAAAAAGAGCUGGGUGAAUCAAAAUAAUUUCUUUUAAAGUUCUAUUUCUUUCAGAGGGUAAUAUGAAUUUUUUAUUAUGUUCCAUCAACACACUAAAAGUGUUAUACGAUAUAUCCGGCGUGGAAGUAGGCCAGCAUUUUUAUUGGCAAAUAGGAGGUUUUCAAGUCCAUGCCCAAGUACUUAUUACUUCUUGGGUUGUAAUUGCUAUCUUAUUAGGUUCGGCCAUUCUAGCUGUUCGUAAUCCACAAACCAUUCCUACAGCUGGUCAGAAUUUUUUUGAAUAUGUUCUUGAAUUCAUUCGAGACGUGAGCAAAACUCAGAUUGGAGAAGAAUAUGGUCCAUGGGUUCCAUUUAUUGGAACUCUGUUUUUAUUUAUUUUUGUUUCGAAUUGGUCAGGGGCUCUUUUACCUUGGAAAAUCAUACAGUUACCUCAUGGUGAGUUAGCCGCACCUACAAAUGAUAUAAAUACUACCGUUGCUUUAGCUUUACUCACGUCAGUAGCAUAUUUCUAUGCGGGCCUUAGCAAAAAAGGAUUGGGGUAUUUUGGUAAAUACAUUCAACCAACUCCAAUCCUUUUACCCAUUAACAUCUUAGAAGAUUUCACAAAACCCUUAUCGCUUAGUUUUCGACUUUUCGGAAAUAUAUUAGCUGAUGAAUUAGUAGUUGUUGUUCUUGUUUCUUUAGUACCUUUAGUGGUUCCUAUACCUGUCAUGUUCCUUGGAUUAUUUACAAGUGGUAUUCAAGCUCUUAUUUUUGCAACUUUAGCUACGGCUUAUAUAGGAGAAUCCAUGGAAGGUCAUCAUUGAUUAGUUUUCGCCAUAGUCUUUUUUUAGCUUAGCCUGACACAAUGUAUACGCGUCGCAAGGGAAUCCACUUAGGCUUAGGGAAGAUAGGGGUUUACAAAAAAGGAAAUUUAUAACAAAAAGAAACAAAAGGGGAUUUGUUAGGGAAGGAGGGGGGGAUCGAACUAGGUGUAUGUAAUCUACUCGCUAUAAGACAAUUUUUGUGGAUGUUUCAAAGAAUUAUUCUAGAAUAGAAUUCGAAUGAAUCUAAGAUACGAAUAGUUGGUUUACGUUAUAGGGGAAAGACAUGUAUAUGUGAUAUUAGAUAUUAACUAGGUAUAUAUGAACUAAAAAUAUAUCUAAUUUGUACUACUAGUGUUGUCUAGGAAUUCCGAUAGUGUUGUCUAGGAAUUCCGACGAAAGUCUUUCUCUUUCGUCUGUAAUUUUGAGUUAAAUAUUGAAUGAAGUUAAAUCACGAAUUAAAGAACAAAGAAUUCAAAGAAUGAUUCCGAAGAAAAGAAAAAAAGAAAGAAAUGGAAGAACAAAAGUGGUACGGAUUCACAAAAUUACGUGGAUAGGAACUAAAAAAAAAAGAGAUAUCGAAGUAGUUCUGAUAAUUCACGAAUAUUCUUAUUUUAUUUAAUUUCAAUUCAGGGUUCUUAGUUACUUUAAACUGAAUAAAUUUGAGCGAUGGAAUUAAGUAAGUCAUAAUUCAUUGGUUGAUUGUAUCAUUAACUAUUUCUUUAUUUUUUUGUUUUGGUGCGAGGAACUUAUCAUGAAUCCACUGAUUUCUGCCGCUUCCGUUAUUGCUGCUGGAUUGGCCGUAGGGCUUGCUUCUAUUGGACCUGGAGUUGGUCAAGGUACUGCAGCGGGACAAGCUGUGGAAGGGAUUGCGAGACAACCAGAGGCAGAGGGAAAAAUACGAGGUACUUUAUUGCUUAGUCUGGCUUUUAUGGAAGCUUUAACAAUUUAUGGACUGGUUGUGGCAUUAGCACUUUUAUUUGCGAAUCCUUUUGUUUAAUCUUACAAAGAAAAAUCUAUAUCUAUUUAUUAUUUCUUUAUUUAGUGGUAUUUUAAAAAAUAAAAAUAAUAGAAUAAAUAAAAAAAAA